UCGAAAAAAACAUUUAUUUGUUAUAACAUAAAAUAUUUAAAUUAAACGUUGUCAAAUUUAAUUGGUAUACUUAUUAUAUAGCAAAACCUGAAAAUAUAUACAAGUGUUAGUAAUAUAUGCGGUAGAAUUGAUAGUCAUAUGUGAAAAAACCGAAAAAAUAGAUUUUAUGGAACAUCAUAAGACAUACACAGAAAAAAACCCUUACCAGUAUGAUGUGUGCGAUGAAUCAUUUGCUCGAAAUGGUGAUCUAAAAGCACACUGUCAAACUCACACGGAAGAAAGGACAUACUUGUGUAACGUUUGUGGUAAAUCGUUUACUUAUAGAAAUAGUCUGAUACGUCAUCAGCGAACGCACACUGAAGUGAAGCCAUACCAGUGUGAAGUGUGUGAUAAAUCGUUUACUCAAAAUUCUUAUCUAACAAAACACCGCCGAACUCACACAGAAGAAAAGCCAUACCAGUGUGAUGUGUGCGAUAAAUCGUUCAUUUGGAAUCCUACUCUAACUCAACACCGUCGAACUCACACAGGAGAAAAACCAUACCAGUGUGAUGUGUGUGAUAAAUCGUUCACUCAGAAUGCUACUCUAACUCAACACCGACGAACUCACACAGGAGAAAAGCCAUACCAGUGUGAUGUGUGCGAUAAAUCGUUCAUUCGGAAUGCUACUCUAACUCAACACCGUCGAACUCACACAGGAGAAAAGCCAUACCAGUGUGAAGUGUGUGAUAAAUCGUUCACUCAGAAUGCUACUCUAACUCAACACCGACGAACUCACACAGGAGAAAAGCCAUACCAGUGUGAUGUGUGUGAUAAAUCGUUCACUCAGACUGCUACUCUAACUCAACACCGACGAACUCACACAGGAGAAAAGCCAUACCAGUGUGAUGUGUGCGAUAAAUCAUUCAUUCGGAAUGCUACUCUAACUCAACACCGUCGAACUCACACAGGAGAAAAGCCAUAUCAGUGUGAUGUGUGUGAUGAAUCGUUUACUUAUAGCUAUAGUCUGAUACGUCAUCAGCAAACGCAUACUGGAGAGAAGCCAUAUCAGUGUGAUGUGUGUGAUAGAUCGUUUGUUCAAAAAUCUGAUCUAACAAAACACCGUCGAAUUCACACAGGAGAAAGACCAUACUCGUGUAACGUUUGUGGCAAAUCGUUUAAUCAAAAUGCUGAUCUAAUGAGACACCUCCGAACUCACAUAGGAGAAAAGCCACACAAAUGUGAUGUGUGCGAUAAAUCGUUCACUCAGAAUGCUACUCUAACUCAACACCGACGAACUCACACAGGAGAAAAGCCAUACCAGUGUGAUGUGUGCGAUAAAUCGUUCAUUCGGAAUGCUACUCUAACUCAACACCGUCGAACUCACACAGGAGAAAAGCCAUACCAGUGUGAAGUGUGUGAUAAAUCGUUCACUCAGAAUGCUACUCUAACUCAACACCGACGAACUCACACAGGAGAAAAGCCAUACCAGUGUGAUGUGUGUGAUAAAUCGUUCACUCAGACUGCUACUCUAACUCAACACCGACGAACUCACACAGGAGAAAAGCCAUACCAGUGUGAUGUGUGCGAUAAAUCGUUCAUUCGGAAUGCUACUCUAACUCAACACCGUCGAACUCACACAGGAGAAAAGCCAUAUCAGUGUGAUGUGUGUGAUGAAUCGUUUACUUAUAGCUAUAGUCUGAUACGUCAUCAGCAAACGCAUACUGGAGAGAAGCCAUAUCAGUGUGAUGUGUGUGAUAGAUCGUUUGUUCAAAAAUCUGAUCUAACAAAACACUGUCGAAUUCACACAGGAGAAAGACCAUACUCGUGUAACGUUUGUGGCAAAUCGUUUAAUCAAAAUGCUGAUCUAAUGAGACACCUCCGAACUCACAUAGGAGAAAAGCCACACAAAUGUGAUGUGUGCGAUAAAUCGUUCACUCAGAAUGCUAAUCUAACUCGACACCGACGAACUCACACAGGAGAAAAGCCAUACCACUGUGAUGUGUGCGAUAAAUCGUUUACUUAUAGCAAUAGUCUGAUACGUCAUCAGCAAACGCACACAGGAUAAAAGCCAUAUCAGUGUGAUGUAUGUGAAAAAUCGUUCACUCAGAAUGGUAUUCUAACUCGACACCGACGAACUCACACAGGAGAAAAGCCAUACCACUGUGAUGUAACUAUAUGAAAAAUCGUUUACUUAGAAUUAUUAUCUAACAGCACAUCGUCGGACUUACACGGAAGCAGUGACGUAAUUAAAAAUUUUUCCGGGGUAGGAUAGGUUGUGUCUAAAUAUAUUAUUUUUUGGUGGGGCUAAUCUCCACAACUAUUUUCAAAAUGUUAUACAAAAUUAAAGAAUUAUUAUGAAGAUUGAUACAUAUUAACACCACUUUUUUAUUUUGUUAUUUGGAUUUGAAAUAUGUAUAUCAAAAUAAUAAAAAUAAAAUAGAAUAUUAAUA